AUGGCAAAGCGCUCGAGGGCAGAUGUCAAGCAUGCCAUCGAUCUUCUUUGGACCCAUCAACUUCGUCGCGAGAAUGCCUUCCUGCACAAACAGGUCAAGCAGCUCCAAGACAGCAUCGACCAAUGUCGAAUUAAUCAAGUCGAUCUCCGCGACAGCAUCCGCAGCGUCCAAGCAAGUGCAGACGAGACGUCCUCCGCUAUGGAGCGGGUGGCCUCGACCGUAGUCACCCUGCAGGCCGAUAUCGAAAAGACGCCAGCCGUUUCGAACAAAACUCAUGAACAGCUGGCCAAGUUGUCGGAUAGAGUCAACAUCUCUGAAGCAAAUCAGCAGCUUGCCAUCAAAAAUCUCCAAGAGCGCAUCGCCCAAGCCGACAGCGAUGUUCAACAGUUCGCCAAUGAGUAUAGGGGUGACGUUGCCACCACCAAGGCACGGCUUGAUGAAAUGACGAUUGUCAUGGACGCAAAAGUCGGUCAAGCGAGCCUUGAAGAUGUUCACAUCAGAGUCCAGAACCUCGAAAACCACUUUGCACAGCACAACGUUGAGCCACAUUCGGUAAGCAUCGUCCAGGACAGUAUCGACCACCUCAGCUUUCAAUCAGAACAAUCCAGACUUUGCAUCGAUGACGACGAACAAGGGCCAGGAGUUGACAGCGAUGAAGAAAGAGACGAACAAAUGCUUACUCUGCGCAACAUCGAGCUUCGUGAAUCCACUGGAGACGAGAGCUUCGACCUUGAUGGAAACGUCGCGGUACCGUCGUAUGCCCGCCACCUAUAUCGGCCGUCACCAGUCACGGACUCCUUGCAGCCAAUAGAAAAGAAGAUCUCACAGGUCCCAACGACCUUGUCUGAGAUUUACGCCUUGAAACAAGGCCGAUACCAUAGCUGGGAAAGAUACCUGGCGGAAGGUCAGAGUCUCUUUGAGAAGAUACCCAAGACACAGGAGGCCCUGUUCGUGCAGAACUUCAUUGAAGGUCUGUAUGCAGCGGGCGAGCGUGAGCAAGCUCGGAAAUGGCUUGACCUAAGCGGGUGGUCCUGGGACAACGUGAGCGCCUUCCUGACAUCUGGAACGCCUUCAAUACCUGUUCACGCAAAUCGUCAGCGCGCCAUGCAGCGAGUUGCCAAAGCUACCUUCAAAAAGAAGCAACAGCCAGCACCAAUACGGCAUAAGGCCAUUGGGGAACGAGCCGAAGGAGAUUCGGUGGGCCGGAGAGCCGAAGUAGUGGCCAGACCAAUUCCCCUGCACCAGAUGCAGCUAAGAAGCAGAGCUAUACCGGCAACAAGCUGUUGCGGCGUCGAAGCGGAUGGCAUGCUUGCCAGUCCUAAGGGUGGUCCUGAGGGCAUGAGGUCGGCGAAAGCCCCUCUUGAACAGAAAGCAGCAAGUUCUGGCUGUGUCGCUCGAACACGAUCCUUGCGCUUCAGCAAACUAUUGACGACAUCGAAGGUGAGGAAAGCCUCGCAGAUUGACCUCAACAGCAAGCUUCGUGGCGUAAAGCGGCAGGAUCAGCACGAUGCCCACCUGCGGCUCGACUCACAUCCACAGCCAUGGUCGCCCUCAAGUUUACCGUCGACGCCAGACCGCGACACAAGCCUCAGCAAGAAACUCACACGACCUACAAUUCAAACGCAUGGUGAAGGGAAUGCUAGCGUUCUGUACGGCUUUCCUGGAGACACUGCCUCGGUAGACGAAGGCAACAGCUCGGACAACAUUCGUCACCCCAGUCUUCCUCCUCAAGCUGAGGCUGUCCGUCGCAAAAGACGACAAUUGAGCUCGAACAGAAAGAAAAGAGUACCUCCUCCGCCUCCAGAGAUACCCAUUCUGUCGACAUCUGAGGAUUAA